UUAGGUUAUUGAAGGUGUGAACCCCUUAUUGACACCACUUCCGGUUCCUAGCCUCACUCUAAACUGAAAUAAUUCGUGCAACGAACCCGGCUGACACGUAAAUAUCACACCAAUGAGAGCAUAAUUAUAAAGCAUUGUUCGGAUGGCAUCAGCAGUUCCUCGACAACUAAGGCCAAUGUUUCGCCGUCCCUCGUAUCUCGGAAUCCUCGAGGUAAGUGGACCACUCAGAUGAUCAACAAUGCUUCUUGUACUCCUAGAUUCGCCCAUUUCCAUCAUCCUCACUAUCAUCCUGCUUAUCCUCCUAUUUCGCUUUGCCCUACUCUUCUUCUUCCUCGUCCUUCUCUUUAUUCUCUGCUCCGACCUCGUUCACCUCAUUUUCGACCUUCUCUGCCCCUCAUGACUACUCCUCAGGCCGCGACAGAGGAUUCCACCCAGCCCUCGACCAGAACGGUGAGGGUUGUGGUGAAGGGGAGGGUGCAGGGGGUGUUCUACAGGAACUGGACAGUGGAGAAUGCGGUCCAACUGGGGCUGAAAGGUUGGGUGCGGAACAAGAGGGAUGGCUCUGUUGAAGCUCUGUUCUCUGGGAACCCUGAUGCUGUUCAGGAGAUGGAGCAAAGGUGUCGUCGGGGCCCACCAGAUGCCAUGGUUACUGGGCUCCAGGUUUUUCCUACCAGCGAUGAUCCUGGCUCUGGAUUUGAGCGCAAACGAACAGAGUGAUCAACCUUUGUAGCAAUAUUGUACCCAUUUGCUCUGCUAGUACGUAUAUAAUAGUCUUUUCUCUGUAUAAAGAUUAUGUUUCAAUGACUUGCUUUGGCAAAACAUAUAUGAUAUAAUGUGUAGUAGGGGUGCCAUAUAUGUUUCAAUGACUUAUUAUGUUUCAGUGGUUACAUUGCUGAAUGAUAUGAUCCUAAAUGGCUUGUUAUAUUUA